AUGAUCCCCCAAGUAUCUUAUCCUUAUCAACAGAAGCAGGCUCUGACUCUGAAUCCAAAUCAAAAGUCUCUGGAUUCAAGUCUUACUCCUCGUUUAUCGAGAUUUUCAAUCAAUGCUUCCAGUCCUUCCAUGAGUAGUUCUGGUUACUUGAAUGUAUCCCCCCCUUCUAACCAAACUUUGAAUACUUCUCCCUCUUAUCCUAUUCAUCAUCGUCAUCAUGUUUCGCUUCCUCCAAUGAAUGCAUCCACCGGUGCUUAUUUACCACCAGCAAUGUCUGACUCGUUAUCCCAACCUUAUCUUUAUCCUCCUCAUACUAAUCGUGUUGUUGCUGCUCCAAAUCACUAUACGUUCCCAGCUGAUUCCUCGUCUUCUACUUCCCAAACUUCUCCCUUGGUUGACCAAUAUUAUUACAAGUUUCCUCAAAAUUCCUCCUCGCCAAAUGCCACCGCUGGUCCCUUUGGUAGUAUUUACUUUUCAACCCCAGUUGUUAAUCAACAAUCCUUUCAAUAUACCCCAAAUCAUCUGCCUAAUCAAUCUUUCCAGUCACCUCCUUCUGAUAUUCAAUUACAACAUCAAGGAUCUCCUCCUCAUCGUAAUCAUGGUGUUUCAAAACCAAAGGAACAUAAACGCAAGAAAUCAAGAUCAUCUCCUAAUUCAAAAGGUAUUCCUUUGAUUAACAAAUUUCUGGCAAACCCAAUUUCAAAUGUUAAUAUAUCUAAUCAUCAAAAAUCCUCUUCAUUACCUAGCUACAAUACCGUAUCUUCUCCCAAUGACAGCAAACCUUAUUCUUAUGCGUUUGCUAUUCCUCAAGAUUCGGGUCCUAAAAUGUCAGUCAUGGGUAGUGUUGGUAGUAAUAAAGAUCAUCACGCUGCUAAGAUUAAUUUCCCCAUUUGUCAAUUGCCGGUUAAUGAGGAAGGUAAAUCCCUUCAGAUUCCCUUUGAUAAAUCAAAUGACUUGAAGAAUGUGAUUUAUCCCCAAAUUGAAAUUAAAAAAUAUUCAACCUCUGCAAUUGAUCCUUUGAGAAAUUAUCUUGUGGUUUUUGAAUAUUCGAUUAAUAAUCAUUGGAUUAUUUGGGAUUAUGAAACUGGAUUUGUUCAUUUAACUGGAAUUUGGAAAGCUUCUUUGAAUGAUUCAAAAUCAAUGGAAGAAUCUUCUUUACCAAAAUCAAAUUCCAAAGCUGAUAUCGUAAAAUUAUUAGAAUCUACCCCAAAACAAUACCAUCCUUAUAUUAAACGUAUAAGAGGUGGGUUUUUGAAAAUUCAAGGUACCUGGUUACCAUUUAAUUUAUGUAAAGUUUUGGCUAGAAGAUUUUGCUAUCAUAUAAGAUAUGAAUUAAUUCCAAUCUUUGGUACAGAUUUCCCCGAUUACUGCUUGAAACCAAAUGAUGAUGGGUUUGGUGAAUUGAAAUUAGAUGAAGUUCCCGAUGAAGAUUCUUUAUUAUCAAAUGGUGAAAUUAGAAUUGAUCCAACUAAAAAAUCUCCUAAAAAGAAGAGACAUUCAAACCCAAUCAUUAAUUCUAAUCUUUCAAAUUUUGAUUCGUCUCAUAACAAUUUUGAUAAUAAGAAUUAUGCUUCUUUGGCUACUCCUUCAACUCCGGUUACUAAUAAAGUUAUUAAAAAGGAUCCAAAAAGGAAACAUAGAAGUAAUUCAUUAACCUCUAAUAAUCUUCCAAAACAAAUGUUACCCUUGCCAACCCCUCCUGCUAAAUUAAUGGACUCUCCUAAAUUAUUGGUGAAGACUGAUUUGGAAAAAGCAUAUUUGAAAAGCCCAGCUUCUGGGACUUUCACUGUUGGUAAACCAAAUGAACACCGUCAACUUCUACCUUCGUGUAAUACCUUACCUACUCCGGGCUCCACUUCUUCCCAUACUCACUCUAAGAGUGAAGAUAAUUCCUAUACUGAUAUGAUUGAUAUUGUUAAUGCUUCAAAGUGCCUUCAAUCUCUCAGCCAAUCCAGAAGCCAUCAUCCAGUAUCAUUAUCUACCCUGAGUUCAACUUCCAAUGACUUGAAUUCUAUCGGUGCCAAUAGCAAUAACCAAGGAUCCUUACAAACUUCUCCAAUUAACUAUGAUUCCUUAUCUGGUAAUAAGAAUUAUACUAUAAGCUCUCCAAAAUCUAACGUGUCUCCUGAAUCUGGUAUCUCGUCGAUUUUGGUGGCUGCUGGAGUAAGUGAAGAAAGAACUUCUGAUCUGCAAUCCUCAAUCCGCCUUCCUCCAAUAGAAAUUGGGCACCGUGGGGCAAAUGGCAAAACCUCUCCCCACUAUCAUCAUUUGAGACAGAACAGCAUAAAGAUUAACGACUUACUUUCUUGA